ACCCUAAAGGAUAUCCUGCUUUCCAGAGUUGUGCAUGCAGGCAUUUUUUUGCCCGUGUGUAUGUGUGAGUGUAAGAGAGUUUGAAAGAGAGAGAGAGUAAUAAACAGUUAUACGAGACAAUGUGAAGAGAGAAUUGAUUCGCCAGCACAUAAAGGACUUGUGUGUUCGUGUUUGUUUUAAAAAACGUUUUGUUAGAAGUUCUUCUGCACAUAAGCUUUCCCGUAUAUGAUGGAUGGAUCGAAAGAUCAGUCAGUGCUAAGCAUCAACGCUAACAGCAUCAAGAUUACUGACGUCACACAGGAUGGAGACACACUGACCUUCGCUGUCACGUCCCAAAAGCUAAGCAGCAGUAGCGGGAUCUGUGUCUUCAGGACAUUUGAGGAUUUUGACUGGCUUCAGGAGAGUCUGUUCUCUCAGGAGGACAUUGCAGGACUCCAUGGCGUGAUAUUUCCUCCUCUCCCAGCCAGACCUCUGCUUUCCAGCUCCCACACACAAGCCAAAGCCCUAAAACAACUGGGCUUCCUGGCUUUUGGAGAUAACUGGCAGCUUUACUGCAGGGCUCUAGAGUUUUACCUGCAGCAGGUGGCAGCGCACAGCAUUCUGGGAAAGAGCAAACUGCUGCACAGCUUCCUCAGCAGCACAGAGUCUGCAGGUAAACCGCGCAGCAAAAAAGACAUCUUCGACCGCCUCAGUCAGGCCCUGGAGCAAAUCAGGAAGGAGGGUCACAAGGAUGUGGAUGAGUUCUUUCACAAUGAGAGAGAAAGCAACACACACAUGACUGCCCUGUUUAAAGCUACCACAGAGAAAUUCCUCGAGGUUGUGCUGACGAAGCAGAGGCUUGCUUUGGCAUGUGGCCAUUUCUCCACUUCGUUACAUCUCUGUGUUAACCAGGACGAUCCGUCUGCUGUUGCCUUCUCCAAGAUCUGUCUGAAGCUGUCAGAUGUAAUGGAGGCAGUGAAACAAAAUUUGGACAAAGUGUCUGAGAAUGACGUGUCCACUUUGGGCUUGGGGUUGGAUUUCGAGUCUCGCUACCAGGACGCGAAAAAAGAGAUGUUGUUCAGGAGAACCUGUAAACUAGUGGAACUGGAAAUCAUUGUUAAGAACGCAGAAAAAGCCAAACCAAAUAAGAAAGUGGUUAUGGACAGAGUUCAAAAGAUUGCACAGAAAGAGUUUAAUCUCAUCUCAUCAGUGGCGAAGGAAGAGAUUGAGUGGUACCAUAAAGCUCGUGUGACUGUGCUGCGAGACUUUCUGAUCCACUGGUGCGAGAAGCAGCUGGACACGGCUCGGGAAUCUACCGCUCACUUCUCUCAACACCUGGAGGCUUGGAAAGGAUUGGCCAUCUAAUACAAAACCUCUUAAAAACAUUUAGUAUUUUUACAGCAGAAUUGAAUAGACAUUUGUCUGGUACAUCACUGUCUAACACUUAAAGAGAAAUGUGUGAUACUAAAAAUGAUUUUGGGAAACCCUUUUAUUUCCUCGAGUACAAAUAGUUUCUUUGAUUUGUUUUAUAUCACACCACAUCGCUAUUAAAUUCUAAAAUCUGAUUGGUCAGAAUGUGUUGAUUAAUUUUCCCUAGCCAGGAGAUAUGAAUGUGCUUGUUCUAAUGUGCUCUUGUUUUUGUGGUACAUGGGGACUUUAUUAAGGGGAACAAAUCUGUAUAAUGAGAUGCUUAUUUAACACCUUGAUAAAAAGGGUCUCCAGUGUCAGAGGUAAGCCUGUGAAGUUUUUCAGUACAGAUCAGUUGUUUCUCAGUGACACAACAAGCUGAAAUGUUUUGCCUUAUUCACUUUAAGAAACAGCUGUUUGUUAGCACUAAUCAAAUGUAGCUUAUAUUUUUUGGAAAUAUGUGGUGAAAAGUAUGGAGAGUUGUUUUUAUUACAAAAACACUAAACAAGAAAAGGAAACUGCUUAUAAUGCUUUUGUUAAAAUUACUCCUUUUAUUGUUUUGGUUCUGCAAAGAUCAAACAAAUCUCAUUAAAAAAUAAUAAAAGAAAAAUGUUCUAUUGUAGCAUUCUAUGUAGAGCCAUUAAGCAUUCAAUAAGAGUCUUAAUGGAAGGACCUUUAAUCGGUUCAAUUAAUUCUGUAGAAAGAAACACACUGAAAUCCAGACUGUUUGCCAACCAAGCAUAAAUUUAUUGCAGACAUUGCAGUUAUAACUGACCAGACAAUCUGAGCCUAAAUACAGC